AUGGUCAAUUCUGUAAAACAAAUAUUUGAUGCAACAGGACGAAAAUCUAAAGAGGAAUCAAGUUCCGAAAAUGUAGAUACAGGCUCGUAUGGUUUAGGACAUCGUCAUAUACAAGCAUUUCUGAUGUUUCUUUCUCUUGCCGUCGGUUUCAUUGCGAGUGGUCAUGCAGGAGUGACGAUUGUUGCGAUGUCGAUAUCUGAAAAUACUACUGCGGAAACAGUAACCACAAGGCUAAAUUGGAAAUUUGAAUUGACUGAAACGCAUGAUAUUGUUAGAUAUUUGGAUAUAUAUCAAAUUUAUGAUUGGCCGAAGUCAGUACACGAGAUUAUUCUCGGAUCGUUUUUCCUUGGAACUGCUGUCAUGAUGUUUCCUAUUGGUCUUUUGGGACAGCAAUUUGGUGGAAAGGUUCUGCUUCAAAUAUCAUUGGUUUUAAAUGCAGUCACAUCGAUUGUGGCACCUUGGUUAAUUGCAUGGGGUGAUUGGAUAUCAUUUGCCGUACUUCGUUUCUUGCAAGGCGGUGCUCAAGCUGGACUUUACCCUGGAAUCCAAUUUUUAAUGACGCAUUGGUUUCCUAUUAGCGAACGUAACUCUCUUAGCAGCUACAUUUAUGCGGGUACAGGCAUUGGAAGCACGUUAGCGUUCUUGCUAGCAGGUGUUCUGGCGGACAGUGAAUUGGGAUAUCCGGGCAUGUUUUGGUUUGUCGGAAUAUUAUGUUCAAUUGCGUUUUUCAUGAUCACAUUCCUUGGAGCUACUACCCCCAAUGAACAUAAAUUUGUGUCAGAGGAGGAAAAAAAAUAUAUUGUACGGGAUCAUGUUGAAGAAGUGGUGACGAAACCCAAACUUCCAUGGAAAAAAAUAUUUACUUCGAUUCCUCUGUGGGCGACUGUCAUAGCACACGUUGGAAAUUCCGUCGCGUUUCUGUUUUUCUUUAUGCAAGUUCCAUCGUAUAUGGUUGGAGUGUUGAAUUUCGACAUAAUGGCUAGUGGUAUUCUGACAGCACUGCCUUACUUGGGUUCAUGUAUCUCGGCGUUAGCAUUCGGUAAUCUGUCCGAUUAUUUAACUAAUAGAAAAAUCAUCAGCAUGAAAAUGGCGAGAAUAAUAUUUAAUUCGAUUGGUAAGUUGUGUCAGUAA